GUGAAGAAACCAAAAAAAAAAAAGAAUGGCUUCUUCCCCUGGGAUGGGGCUCGUCUAUGCUCUUUCCUUUACCGUCAUGGCUACGAUUGUUGUUUCCGCCUCUGAGUCAUACACGUAUCCUUCUCCACCAACACCGUCACCAAAGACAGAGUACAAGUCUCCGUCUCCGAUAGCCCCAUCACCAUCACCAUACUACUCUCCGUCCCCAAAAGUAGAAUACGCGUCUCCUCCACCUCCGUACAUCUACAAAUCUCCACCACCACCACCUUAUUAUUCCCCAUCGCCAAAGAUUGAAUACAAAUCUCCACCGCCCCCAUAUGUCUAUAAUUCUCCUCCGCCACCGCCAUACUAUUCACCAGCUCCUAAAGUAAAUUACGAAUCUCCUCCACCCCCUUACGUUUACAGUUCUCCACCUCCACCGCCAUACUAUUCACCUUCUCCAAAGGUUGAAUACAAGUCUCCACCACCACCGUACGUGUACAACUCUCCACCACCACCACCUUACUACUCCCCAUCCCCGAAGGUUUAUUAUAAGUCUCCACCUCCCCCUUACGUUUACAGUUCUCCACCUCCACCGCCAUACUAUUCACCUUCUCCAAAGGUUGAAUACAAAUCUCCACCACCACCGUACGUAUAUAAAUCUCCACCACCACCACCUUACUACUCCCCAUCCCCGAAGGUUUAUUAUAAGUCUCCACCUCCCCCUUACGUUUACAGUUCUCCACCUCCACCGCCAUACUAUUCACCUUCUCCAAAGGUUGAUUACAAAUCUCCACCACCACCGUACGUAUACCAAUCUCCACCACCACCACCUUACUACUCCCCAUCCCCGAAGGUUUAUUAUAAGUCUCCACCUCCCCCUUACGUUUACAGUUCUCCACCUCCACCGCCAUACUAUUCACCUUCUCCAAAGGUUGAUUACAAAUCUCCACCACCACCGUACGUAUACAAAUCUCCACCACCCCCUUACUAUUCUCCAUCCCCGAAGGUUUAUUACAAGUCUCCACCUCCCCCUUACGUUUACAGUUCUCCACCUCCACCGCCAUACUAUUCACCUUCUCCAAAGGUUGAUUACAAAUCUCCACCACCACCGUACGUAUACAAGUCUCCACCACCCCCUUACUAUUCUCCAUCCCCGAAGGUUUAUUACAAGUCUCCACCUCCCCCUUACGUUUACAGUUCUCCACCUCCACCGCCAUACUACUCCCCAUCUCCAAAAGUUUAUUACAAGUCUCCACCAUCUCCAUAUGUAUACAAAUCUCCACCACCGCCUUACUACUCACCUGGUCCAAAGGUGGAGUACAAGUCACCUCCAACCUCCUACGUUUACAAAUCUCCCCCACCAUCACAUUAUUAUUCUCCUUCUCCAAAGGUUGAGUACAAAUCACCGUCUUACCCACACGUUUGCGUUUGCCCCCCACCUCCUCCAUGUUACUCUCCAUCUCCUAAGAUUGUAUAUAAAUCACCACCUCAUGCAUAUAUUUACAACUCCCCACCACCUACCCCAUACCACACUCCUUCUCCGAAAGUUUACUACAAAUCUCCUCCAUCCUCAUACGUUUACAAAUCCCCACCUCCACCAUCGUAUUACUCUCCUUCUCCAAAGGUCGAGUACAAGUCUCCUCCCCUUUCAUAUGUAUACAGUUCUCCACCACCUCCACCUUACUACUCGCCAACCCCUAAAGUUGAGUACAAGUCCUCUCCCCCUCCAUACGUCUACACUUCUCCACCACCACCUCCUUAUUACUCUCCUUCCCCCAAGGUUGAGUAUAAAUCUCCACCUCCACCUUAUGUAUACAAUUCUCCACCACCCCCACCAUACUAUUCACCAAGCCCUAAGGUUGAGUAUGAGUCACCUCCACCACCAUAUGUCUAUAAAUCUCCACCUCCACCACCUUAUUAUUCACCAUCUCCAAAAGUUGAGUAUAAAUCUCCUCCCCCACCAUAUGUCUACAGCUCUCCACCUCCACCACCAUAUUACUCUCCUUCUCCAAAGGUUGAGUACAAAUCUUCACCUCCACCGUAUACAUACAAUUCACCACCACCACCACCGUACUAUUCGCCAGCCCCUAAGGCAGAAUACAAGUCUCCACCACCCCCAUAUGUCUACACUUCUCCACCUCCUCCACCAUAUUAUUCUCCUUCCCCAAAGACUGAGUACAAAACUCCUACACCUUCGUACUAUUAAAGUGCAUUGAGUGCGAUUAAGAAAUGAUCGAUUGGAUUCCAUUCGACAUCCAAGAUUAUUCUUCAAAUUUUCUUGCAUAUUUUCUAUGAAUCAUUUAUUUUCGUGAUGGAAUUAUGAUUUUCUGUAAACUUUGAGUGGCAUUCGUCUUCGGUGUUAUUCAAUUUGUUGUAUCGAAUAAACCGUGUGAUCCUCUUGUAUGUGGGUCACAUGUAUUUCAUCGAUUAUUGAUAUAAUGAAAAGGUUAAUUUCUAUA